ACUGAAAGCAUAGUAGUGAGUAGUGAGGAGUGUGAACUUUUUUUUCUUCUUUUUCUGAAAGCUUAGAAGAUUGUAUGAACUUUGAAUGUGUUGUUACCUGAAAAGCUGAAGAAGUUAGUUAUAUAUGGCAGAAGACAGAUAUGAAACCUGUUCUGAAGGUUCUGCAUGUUCUCAAAUGGGAAGCAAUAAUAAGUGCAAGCAUGUGUUUGAUAGAUUAUGCGGUUUUGCACCUUCAUGGAAUUGGAACACAAGCACUACAACCACACCAGCACCACCACCAAGUGGCAGAAGAAUCUUCCAUAGAGAUGUUGAAAAAGAAGCAUUCCAAUAUGCAAGUAGUAGCCAUUGCCUCUCAUCCUACUACAGUGUCUUUGUUGUUCGCCUAGCAAUCAUGGUGAUGCUAGCAAUCUUGAUAGGGCUACUUACUAUUCUAACAUGGCAUUUCACCAAGAUUUACACAACAAAAUCACUCAAAACCCUGGCAUAUGAUCUGCGUUACGAGCUUCUUCAACGCCCAAUCUUGAGGAUGUGGAACAUUCUGAAUUCUACGGCCGAGAUCACCACGGCUCAGGUGAAGCUUUCUCAGUAUGUGAUCAGGCGUUACAGCAACCCUGUUAAUCAAGCAGAGCAAGUUGAGCUGUAUGAAGCAAUGAGGGCUAUAACAUGGGCAUUGUUUUCUAGUAAGAAAGCUCUGAACUCCAUAACCAUCAAUUAUAAGAAUGGAUUUGUCCAAGCUUUCCAUAGAGAUCUUAAGGAUAACAACACAUCUUACAUCUAUUCGGAUCUCUCAAAUUACUCUAUGGUUGCUAGUGAGAUGAACUCCUUUUCGGCGCAUCAGGCUUGGAAUGAUAAGGCCAUUCAUGGUAACAAAUCAGCAAUUUGGUACCGUGAGCCGCUUGAUCCUGUCACUGGGGAUAAGAUUGGGAAAGCUAUGCAGAUUGCGCCGGAAGACUUAAUCAACAUAGCUGGCCUUUCACAAGUACCUGAUGGUGUGGCCUCAUGGCAUGUUGCAGUGAGCAAGUUCACUGAUUCGCCAUUGCUUUCAGCAGCAUUACCUGUUUGGGAUUCUUCUAAUAAGAGUAUUAUGGCAGUUGUGGGUGUCACAACGGCGCUUUAUAGCGUUGGACAGCUGAUGAAGGAGCUAGUUGAGAUGCACAGUGGUCACAUGUACUUGACUUCACAAGAGGGUUACUUACUUGCAACUUCCACAAAUGCACCUCUGCUGACAAAUUCAACAAAGCAUCCAACGCUUAAGAUGGCGGUUGAUUGCGAAAAUGAAGUGAUCAAACUUGGUGCUGAGUGGUUGCAGAGAGCUUAUGGAAACCAUUCUCCUCCUAGUCAUGAGGUUCAUGUAGAAAAUGCCAAGCUAGGCCACCAGCAAUAUUACAUUGACUCUUUCUUCCUAAACUUGAAGAGACUUCCUUUGGUGGGGGUAAUCAUCAUACCAAGAAAGUAUAUCAUGGGGCAGGUUGAUGAAAGAGCCUUCAAAACUUUGGUUAUUCUAAUAUCUGCAUCAUUAUGCAUUCUAGUUAUUGGAUGUGUUUGCAUUUUGAUAUUGACGAAUGGAGUGUCGAAGGAAAUGAAACUAAGAGCAGCAUUGAUAAGUCAGCUGGAAGCAAGAAGAAAGGCAGAGGCUUCAAGCAACUACAAAAGCCAAUUUCUUGCGAACAUGAGUCAUGAAUUAAGGACACCGAUGGCAGCAGUAAUUGGGUUGCUUGACAUUCUUAUAUCUGAUGACUGUCUCACAAAUGAACAAUACUCAACAGUUACUCAAAUAAGAAAAUGCUCAACCGCACUACUCCGUCUUCUUAACAACAUCUUGGAUCUUAGCAAGGUGGAAUCAGGAAAACUAGUCCUAGAAGAUGCAGAAUUUGACUUGGGUCGUGAACUUGAAGGGCUUGUAGAUAUGUUUUCUGUCCAGUGCAUUAACCACAAUGUAGAGACUGUUUUAGAUCUGUCUGAUGAAAUGCCAAAGGUAGUAAGGGGUGAUUCUGCUAGGGUGGUUCAAAUUUUUACAAAUUUGAUCAACAAUUCAAUAAAGUUUACUCCAUCUGGUCACAUCAUUCUGCGAGGAUGGUGCGAAUACCCAAAUUCUUGCAAUGGUAGUCCAAUUUUUCCACUUGAACAGAAGAAAUCACGGUGUAUACAAAAGGCUAGAGAGAAGCAAAAUGCAAACAAUGAAAAGAGAACAACUAAGAGAGAUAACAAAGUGAUACUUUGGUUUGAAGUUGAUGACACAGGCUGUGGCAUUGACCCAAGUAAAUGGGAUUCUGUGUUUGAAAGCUUUGAGCAAGCUGAUCCAUCAACUACUCGAUUGCAUGGAGGCACUGGUCUUGGUCUCUGCAUUGUCAGAAACUUGGUCAAUAAGAUGGGCGGAGAAAUCAAGGUUGUCAAAAAGGAGGGCCAAGGAACACUCAUGAGAUUAUGCUUAGUUCUCAGUACACCUAUUGAUGUCACAGAGCAACAUUAUGCAUUGGAUUUUACUGACAAUAGCUUAGUGGUACUUCUCGCACUGCAUGGCAACAUGAGUCGCUUGAUUACUUCCAAGUGGUUACAGAAAAAUGGGGUUUGCACUAUAGAAGCAUCUGAAUGGAAUGGACUAACACAGGUUUUGAGGGAACUCUUUCAUGCAAGAAGUCCAGUCCAUAAUAACAAUAACUUUGAUGCACAUUAUCCAGUAACUGAGGGAUUGAAGUCUAAAUUACUCAGCAUACAAGACAUGAAGAACCCGGUUUUCGUCAUUGUUGUGGACAUUGGGCUACUUGACUUGAGCACAGACAUAUGGAAGGAACAGCUUAACUUCCUUCAUAGAUACUUUGGGAGAGCAAGGUUUGUGUGGAUGCUAAAUCAUGACACAUCCAAUAACAUAAAGAUGGAGAUUCGUCGGAAAGGGAAUGUUUUGAUGGUCAACAAACCCCUUUAUAAAGCGAAAAUGGUUCACAUUUUGGAAGCAGUCAUAAAGGAGAGAAAUCUUGAGCUGCAAAAGAGAAAUAAUAUGAUUGGUCCAAGGACCACUACAAAAGAGGGCGAGUUGCAUGAAUUUCUUGAGAUUGAUUCUACUCAUUUUGAUGCUGGUAGCUCUGAUGAUUCGGACACUUCCGAAACGGUUGGUUCUAAUCCUGUUAGUGUCGAUGGAGAUAAACAAAUUGAAUUGGUGACUAGAUCACCCGCAUCAUCAACAUACAAGAUCAAUAACUGCUUAGUUGGAUUAACCAAUGAAAAUUUGGAAGAUACUAAUAAUGCAAGGAAAGAAGAGUCAUGUCAGAGUAGCCCCAGUUCUUCCAAACAUGCCAUUGAAGAAAGUGACCCUAAAUCACUGUCCACUAAAGAACCAUCUCAAGGUGGAGAUUCUGAAUGUGGCGAAACACAGAGGGCUGCCGGCCCAAAUAAUAAUGCCGUCAAUGGAAAAAAUUCUCUUGAAGGCCUGAGGAUAUUGCUUGCAGAAGAUACUCCUGUGCUUCAAAGGGUAGCAACCAUAAUGCUUGAGAAAAUGGGAGCUUCUGUUGUUGCUGUAGGUGAUGGACAACAAGCAGUAGAUGCUCUCCAUUGCAAGCUAGGUGUUGAUGACUGCAGAAGGGAUUCUCUCCAGAAGGAAAGAAACAUGAGAUCCCAAACAGAGAUUUUGACUUCACCAUAUGACUUGAUCCUAAUGGAUUGUCAGAUGCCAAAGAUGGAUGGUUAUGAAGCAACAAAAGCAAUAAGGAAAUCAGAAGUGGGAACAGGAUUGCAUAUUCCAAUUGUUGCCCUUACAGCUCAUGCAAUGUCAUGUGAUGAAGCCAAAUGCCUUGAAGUUGGCAUGGAUGCUUACUUAACAAAGCCAAUUGACUUCAAGCAAAUGGUGUCCACCAUACUUUCACUCACCAAAAGAAAAACAUCAUGACUUCAGAAAUAGAGAGCCUAAGAUAACAAAGGGUUGCCUUAGAAAACAAGCCUAUAAAUAGUUGUAUAGAAGCUUUUACCUUAUAGUGGUUAGCUCUUUUUUUUUUCUUUUUUUGUGACGGUUGAAAUCAUAGCUGUCAUAUGUAUGAUCUCAAGAACUAUAUAUAGUCCAAUUUUCCUGACAUAAUAGUUCACUUCACUAGUAACAGUAAUUGUCUUAAGCUUGAUGCUUUUCUUGUUAUUGCAUAUUACUGCAGAGAGCACAAGUAAAAGGAGUAGGGGCCCGCUGGAAUAAAUCUUUGCAAUGCAAGCAUAUAUAUUUUGAGUUUUAAUUAUGGAAGAAUGUUACUUUUGAGAAGGUUUUA